CGUCACGGCGGAGUUGCCAUGGCGGCGCUGAGCGGUCUGGCGUCUGCGCUGGAGUCGUACAGGGGUCGGGACCGCCUGAUCCGAACACUGGGGUACUGCUGUCAGCUGCUUGGUGGGGUCCUGGUUGAACAAUGUCCCUCCAGGUCAGAAUUGGGGACACGGCUGCUGGCAAUGUCUGCCCAGCUCAGUCACUGCAGGACUGUCCUGAGACUCUUCGAUGACUUGGCUAUGUUUGUCUACACUAAGCAAUAUGGCCUGGGGACAGAGGAGGAGGAUGUUUUUGUUCGUUCCCUGUCUGUCUUGAGUAAUGUAGCUGACCAGCUGUACUACCCCUGUGAACACGUGGCCUGGGCAGCCGAUGCCAAGGUCCUCCCUGUGGACUCUGCCCGGUGGUGGAUGCUAAGCACAGCCCUCUGGGGCCUGUCCCUGCUCCUGGGGGUUGCCAGGUCGCUGUGGAUGGUGCUGAGACUGAGGCAGAAGCUGCGAAGCCCCACGGCCAGCCUCUCCAGUCCACUGUCCUGGAGCAAGCGGAGGGCUGUGCGCGCCCGGAUGCGAUCCGAGGUCCUGACUCUCCUCAGCAACCUGGCUGACCUGGCCAACGCCAUCCACUGGCUGCCCCAGGGCGUGCUGUGGGCUGGCCGCUUCCCCCCGUGGCUGGUGGGCCUCAUGGGCACCAUCUCUUCCCUGCUCAGCGUCUACCAGGCAGUCUGCACUGACAGUCAGGCUGAGGCUGGCAGCCCCUGACAUGGGCAGAGGGGUGGUAGACAUGGCCAGGUCCCCACCCAGGGCCCCAGGGCAGCGUCUUUGAUUGAGCAGCCUGGUACGGCCUGUGGGAUGAGGGGCUGCUGUGAGGGUCCCCCAAGGCCCAGCCAGGGGUGCUGUGGUGGGAACUUCUCUCUAGGGACCACAGUGGGGAGGACCCCAAGACUCCCCAGUGGAGGUGGAGCUUGAAGAAGGUGGGUAGCUCCUCAGCCUCCCACCCACCGGCUGGCCAGAGGCCUUGUAUCCAAAAAUACGAAGGGGAGCAAGAGACUGAUCAGGCCCCAAGAGGGGUCUUGGGGAGCUGCAGAGACAAUCAGUUAUUUUUUGGGAAAGCAGGAGAGACAGCUGAUUAAACAUCCUGGUGCUGGC